AUGAGCACAGGCAGGUUACUCAGAACUUUAUCCUUGAUGUCGGAUGAGGACAACGUGACCGGGAUCCAGUCCCAGGGCUUGGUCCUGCAGCCUGCCUGGGACUACCUUCAUCGGAACCACCAUGACCUUCUGAGGAGCCCUCUGUUCCCUGUAGUCCUCUCCGUCUCCACGUACUUCCUCCUGGUUGGUAUUUACACUGUGCUCGACUUGCUUGCUCCCACCUGGCCUUGCGUCAACCGCUACAGGCUCCAUCCUGACAGACCCAUCACCUGGCCCAAUAUCUGGACCACCCUUGCCGUAACCAUCUAUAACCAUCUGCUCUACAUCUUUCCCGCUGCAGUCGCCCAAUGGUUGUGGAGGCCACCCACACCGUUGCCCUACGAGGCACCCACACUCUGCAGCUUCCUUCUGGGCAUCCUCGGCUGCAUGGUGGUCUUUGACUUCCAGUAUUACCUUUGGCACCUGCUGCACCACCGCGUACCAUGGUUGUACCGCACCUUCCAUGCCGUGCAUCACCAGUACAACCAACCUUUCAGCCUUGUCACACAGUACCUGUCUGGCUGGGAGUUGUUCAGCGUGGGAUUCUGGGCGACGAUUGACCCCAUCCUGCUCCAAUGCCACUGCCUUACAACAUGGGGCUUCAUGGUCUUCAACGUCUAUGUCUCCACCGAGGACCACUGCGGAUACGAUUUCCCAUGGGCCAUGCAUAACCUGGUGCCCUUUGGCCUGUGGGGUGGCGCGCCCAAGCAUGAUGCUCACCACCAGCGGCCCAACACUAACUUCGCCCCAUUCUUCUCUCACUGGGACUGGCUGGGGGGCACCCACACUGUGCCAAGUCCCUCGAGCCACGCUGCCACGGGAGAGCCAGACGAGGUGCAGGGGAAAAAAGACUAA